CAGUGUCAACCAAUUGUCAGAAACUACCAAUGAAAAAAAUGAAAUUGCAAAGCAAAAUAUUUGCAAUAACAUUUUGUAUUUCAUAAAUAAACUAGUAAAUAAAAAUGCGUUGGAGUGAAGCAGUCACUUUAGAAUUUGUGAAAAUUUACUUAAAACAUGAAUGUUUGUGGAAUCCGAUGCAUCCAGGUUACAAACUAAAAUACCAAAGAGAUAAAGCUUACACCGAUAUUUCUACUGAAUUUAAAGCAACUGCAGGUAAAAUACUUUCGAUUCCAGAGGUAAAAAUUAAAAUUAAAAACCUACGUACAACAUAUGUUCAACAAAUACACAAAAUACUACAGAAAUCGAGUCCAAACUCAAUUUAUGAGCCGUCGUUAAUCUGGUUUAAUGAAAUGGAUCGAUGUUUGAAAAACAUAACAACAAACAGACAGUCUUCUUAUAGCAAUUCUCAGGAGUCUGCUGAAGUAGAUUCUUCUUGCCAAAUAUGGGUGGACCAAGAACUGCAAAAUGGGAUUACAGAGGAAGUAAAUCCUGAUCCUUUAAUAUCACAAACUGAUGAUGAGUAUGAUUCUACAAAAGCAGAUGAUUCUUCAAAAGGUGAUGAUACUGUUCUCAAAAUAAAAAAAGAGAGAAACACACUAGCAAGCUACAAAAAAAAUAAAAAGAAAAAAUUUAAGCACAGAAGCCCAGUUCAAGAUUAUUCCACAGAUUCAAAUUCAGAAUGUGUGGCUAGAGAGGAUGAAUUUGAUAUAUAUGGCAAAUAUAUUGCAACACAAUUGAGAAAAAUGGAUUUACAGAAGGCUCUGAGACUUCAGCUUGAAAUACAGAAUCUUGUGAGUGAGGCCAGAAUUGCUGACAUAUCUAGUGAUUAAAAACAAAAAUAAUUGUUAAUUUAUUAUCUAAGUCAAUAUUUUUCUAUUGUUUAAAACAAAAUAUUUUCAGUAUUAUAUUUGUUGUUAAUUAUAAUUGUAAUUAUGUAAUACUAAAAGCCAAAGAUUGUCUUCGAGAUGAAUGUAAAUUUUGUAAACUACAAAAUUAAAAUGCAAUACUAUUUA